GAUAAAUGUAUCCAAUAUGGACCAUCCCUUGGACUCUUUUGGGUGUCUCCUGUGGUUGCUGAUGUUGGUUCAUUUGCCACUGCAAAACGUCCAUGGAUUUUUCCCCAACAUCUGGUAUCGGGGCAUCAGCUUGUCCUGGGGAUCCAUCACCCACCAGGACAUGACUGAAGAUGCAAUUCUGAACAUCACUGUUCGCCUCUUUUCGGAGAUAUCUCACCCUACCAAGAGGAAAGACAUCCAAGAAGAGGACUUUAAGGGCAAGACCCUAUUGGCUGAUGACAUCUUUGCCGCUUUCUAUGGUCCUGAGGUGUCAGCCAAGCGUUUCCGUGGAGCCAUUGCAGAAGUAGCCAAUGCCAAUGCCGCCAUGGACUUUGGGAAUACGACUCGGGAUGACCCCGUUUUCCACUUUGAUUCAGAGCUCAUUCACUCUGCCAACAGCUGGCUGUUGCAUGUUCGUAAAGAGAUCCUCCAGGCUGUGCAUUCUGAGCAAUAUGGCAUUGCCCGAAAAAAGCUGGGACAGCUGCUCCACUCCUUGCAGGAUUUCUACAGCCACAGUAACUGGGUAGAACUGGGAAAUGAAAGAAUACUUCUGCAUUUGGUUCAGCCGGGCCACGAAAUUCCCCCUGUCGCUGAAGCUAGCAUCCGGACUUGCCACGACUGCUCUGAAUGGACUUGCAAAGAAAAUCUCCUAGACAAUCUUGCUGUUCUCACCACGGGUUACUAUGGUUCCCAUCCCGAAAAGCCUAUUGGGAAGUGCAGUCAUGGCGGGAGGUUUGAUGAGAGCCGCCAUCAAGAACCUCGAGGUGGCAUUAAUAAAGACAGUGCCUCCUCGUUCUUCUCACCUCACCAUUACCUGCACCAGAAGGCAGCUGGGCUGGCCCAAGAAGCCUCCAUACACUUCCUGGAGAAGAUGUGGCGAGAAAUAGGGAGCAGACAAUUUAUGAGGUUGCUAGAUAUUAGCCCAACCACAGGCCUGAGCUUCGUUAUGGAUACCACGGGAAGUAUGGGGGAAGAGAUCAGCGCUGCUAAGUUUCAGGCAUGGGAGAUCAUUGAACGGCGCAAAGGCACCCCUCAACAGCCAGAUUUUUAUCUCUUGGUGCCUUUCCACGAUCCCGGUUUUGGACCAGUCAGUAAGACCAGUGACCCUGAAGAAUUCUGGAAAGUCUUAGACACCAUCAGCCCGUUGGGUGGUGGAGAUGAGCCUGAAAUGUGUCUGUCAGCCUUGGAGCUUGCCCUGCAGAACUCGCCACCCUAUUCUGAGAUCUUUGUCUUUACCGAUGCAUCUGCCAAAGAUGCUCAUCUGAAGAACAGUGUGGAAUCCCUUAUUCAGGAAAAGAAGUGCAAGGUAACCUUCCUAAUCACAGAAGACCUGUCCAAGACUCGAACGAAGCGGGAAACGCUUGCCCCAAACCGAUUCGACCUGUACGUUCACUUAGCUGAGAGUUCAGGAGGCCAGAUUAUAUUUACAGACAACGAUAACAUCCGGCGGAUGGCUGAGAUUAUUGGCGAAUCCAGCUUAUCUUCGGUGACUCUCUUUCGUUACCACAAAGGAAACAUCUUGAGAUCUAAAGGGACUCAACGCAGGACAAAGAAGCAGGUUCCCCAGUUGGUAAAUCACCAGUUCUGGAUUGACAGUUUGGUGGACCAUGUGGUUGUGACCAUCCAAGGCUCCGUGGAAUUCUUUGAAAUAAGGGACCCUACAGAUAGAUUCCAAACUGAUGCGACAAUUCAUGGUCCCCUAGCCAAGAUCCAGUCCAUUGGUGGAAUUUAUAGAGCAUUCCUUUCUGCUCCUGUCCAUCCUGGUGAAUGGACUUUGAAACUUCGAUCCAAAGGGCAUUAUUCAGUUUACAUUCAAGGUCAGAGCACCCUCGAUUUCUUGUAUUAUUUUGCUGUUCCCUCUGAUGGACGUCACCCAGGGUUAUUCAGGCUGGAUAGUCCUCCUGUUGAAGGUUUGCCUACCUACCUGGUUGUAAUGGCAGUUGGUCUGAAUCAGAUUAAGUCAGGCUCUGUUCAGCUACAGUCGGUGAACUUAGAAGCAAGAACAGGCAGCCUUGGGGAGUUAAAACUACAGAGAGGAGCCAGUCGGACAGACCUGUUUAUGGCCGAGCUGCCUCCGACUCUAUCAACCACCAACAGCUUUUCCAUAGUGGUCCAUGGAGUGGAUGGUGAGGGCAAGAAGUUGGAGAGAUCUGCUCCUCAAGUUGCAACUGUCACAGGAUCCCUCCUAGAGCUGAGCAGAGAGACUCCUGUAUUCCCAGGGAAACAUGUUUCCAUCUCUUGGAAAAUCACAAAUCCUGGUGCACCUAAAAGUUAUGGACUGAAAGUGAUCAGCCUUCCCCGGAUUCCAGCCGACAUCUCUAAUGCCAGACUGCAAUUAGACUUCAACCAAACAGGGACAGGACAGAUAUCCCUAAAUAUUCCUGAUACUGUUCUACCUGGAUCACUGAUUACAAUAACCUUGCAGGCCAACUCUCUCAACCCGUCUGCAGAGCCUGAUUUUGCCCAUAUCGAUCUUCUGGUGAUGCCUCAGCCUCAGGUGGAGACCACCUCACCCCCAGUAUGCAUUGUCACCUCUUCAGAGAAUUCCUGCGGUCCACCACAGUCCCCCUGUCGGAGCCAACAUUGGGCAGUCACCUUGCAGAUCUGGGACAAAGCCGGUCUUCACUCGGUGCAGGUGGAAAACGGUCCAGUGCUUCCCCGCCAAGCCCAUGGGCGGGUGGAAAUAGUCACUUACACCUCGAAUUGUUGCUCACGGCAGGCAGAACUAGUGGUCACCAACCUUCUUGGGGAGAAAUAUCCAUGUCAAGUUGAACACCAGUACUUUGAAACACAUUUCUCCGUGAAACUCAAGAAGCCCCCACCUCAUUAG